CUUCUGUUGUUAUAGCGACGAGAGCGUCUCCUUCAGGAAGCUAGGUGUUACAUUUUCAACGUUUACAGAACAUGCAUUUAAAAUCAUAUAAUUCGGUUAAGCUCCUAUAUUAAUUAAAGUACACCUCAUCGUUUGAUCAUGGAUCAUGAUGAACAUUUUCAUGACUUGCGUCUUCAGUUCCAAAUGCUGCAAAAACAGCAGGACAAAAGAAAACUGGAUUUGAAGAAGAAGAAAGAACAGAGCAAUUUCAAUGUGACUGAUUCACAGGAGGAUUUGGAUCUGUCAAAGCAAGACAUUCUGGAAGGCAGUGCAGUGGUUAGUCUGUUACAGCAGCAAAAUCAGACUCUCUUGGACCAAGUGCGAGAGCUCAGAGAUGAAAAUGGUCGACUCUUCAAACUUCUGAGCGAGAAGGACUUUGAGAUGAAACAUCUAAAGAAAAAAAGAGAUGAAGAGAAACUGGCUUUAGCUGGAACAUCAGGCUUGACUGGAGUUGUAGCUGCCACCAAGAUUGUUGAACUUUCCAAGAAAAUUAGAGAGCUGACUGCAGAAAUUGAGCAAGAGAAGAUUCGAUCCAAGCAAAACAGGAACAGGAUCCAAGAGCUUGAGAAAGAGCUGCAAGGUGCUUUGGAGAACUCUGUACCUGGGCGGAAAAAAACACAGGAUAAGAGCUCGUCUGAAGACUGUGAGGAAAAUCCAGUGGUCAAGUCCCUGCAGGAAAGAUUGGCAGCUGCUCAGCUGAAAGUGACAGAAUAUCGUAACCAGGUUCAGUCUGCAAAACAGGAGCUGAAAGUUGCUCAGAAGGUUUUACUGAGUGAAGUUGGAGAGGAGGUCAACCUUCAGCAGGUACUGAACAACCCAGGGAGCUUUAGAGGACGGUCCCAACAGAUUCUUGCUCUCCAAACAAGGGUGCAGGAGCUUGAGCGGCAGCUGUGCCACCAAAGACAGUCAGGGAUUCCAAGUGGAGAGCAGCAGUUUCCUGCCCCGGGGGUCAAUCAUAAAUCCCCUUCCCAAAAUAGGAACCUGAACUACAUCCGGACCAUCGAGAAGGAAAAGCGGGAGUCAUAUGAGAAGCUCUCAGCAGAUUAUGAGGCCCUUUUGAAAGAAUGUGGGGAUGUGAAGAAACAGCUAGAAGCUUCUAAAGCCAGGAGCAGAACUCAGUCGGAGGAAAUUAAAAAUCUGAAAGUGCAAAUUUCUUCCCUGCGGGAGAAAAGAAAACAUGAUGACGAGCUUGUGGAUGUCUUGAUGAAACGGGAGAGCCAGAUGCAGACGUUGCUAAAGCAGCUCAGCCGACAGCAGAGCGAACAGAGCAAGGAGGAUAAACAGAACCCGAGACAACAGCUGGGCAGUGUGCCUCUAGAGCACAACAAGCUGAUCCAGAAGCUGAAGCUUGUUGUUGCAGAGAAAGAUGCCACAAUAAGAGAACUGCGGGAAUUGUCCAAUCAGGAAGAGAGGGUGGACAGGCAGUCAAGCCCAAAGAUAAAAAGCUGCAACUCAAGAAUUUGCCCAGAAGAUGGAGACAGUAUCAACAGAAUAACACCCUCAGAUUCAUUUUCUAAAUUAGGUCAUAAAUUGGUGCGCGAUGCUAUGGGAGGUGGGAUGGACAUAAAAAGCGAUUCAAAAUGUCCUCAGUGCUCAGCUGAUGUGAGUGCUCUGAUCACCCAGACCAGUACAUAUAAAACCCUCAACAUGGAGAAAGACAGACUCCUGGAACUGGUUGAGGUCCUACAGAUCAAAGAGAAAGACGUGAAGCAAAUGUGCUUAGAGGCAGAGAAGAAGUACCACGAAGAGCGCCGCAAGAAUGCGAUGCUGGAACAGCAGUUGGAAAGGACAUUAGAUUCAUUAUAAAAGGACCCUGUAGUGAGCCUGGUAAGGACCAUUAUAACCAGGUCGCUGGUGCUGCUGGAAAAUGCUCUUUUCUAAUCCUACAACUAAUCAGUUAAAACCUAACCUGCCUCAAUCUGGCUGUCAUGACUCUGUUCAUCAUGAGUGGUGGUGCAGGAGCUAUAGGGCUGAAUAAAGUGUGAACAUACAAACUGAACAAACUGGAAUCGUAGAAAACAAUUUAAACCAGCUAUCCUUGUUUGUGUUUUGAGCUGCUUCUGAUUUCAAACCUGACAGAUAUUUUCCACCCAUAAAAAUGGAACGACUGAAGAAAUGUGAUGAUAUGUGGCAGUGGUCUCAGUUCCUAUGGACAGGGUUAGUUUCUGCCCCUCAUAUGUUGCCUGGUUAUUGUUUGCUGUCCUCUGGCUGGUCAUUCAGCUGGAGGAAACUGUCUCUAAGGGCAUCUUGAAAGAGCACUCUCAAUCUCACUGUGCAGCUUUAUGGUGACGUGAUGGGACAAGUCAAGCAUGUGUUGUUGUUUUUUUUUUUUUUUCUUGGAGACUGUGACAGCAUUGACAAGACACUAACCAGGGGAACUGGCUUCUCCCUGCUCACGCUUUAUUUCUACUAAGCCCUACCUUCUCCUGUCACAUGUGACAAACUGCAGCCUGCAGGAAGCAAGUUGCCCUCAAUAGUCACACACACACACUGAACAAAAUUCUAUAUAUCUUAUUCUCAGUUCAAGUUAGAAUGAUUUGUAAAGUCAUGUCUGGUAACUUCAGGUCGAGGACUAUAUAGGAACUUUUGAACAGCUUCCUGCUUGACCAUGAUGGAAGCUGAUAAUACUUCCUGCUUAUUUCAGGGCUAGGUAAUAAUCUGUUCUUCAGGUUUCAGAGGGAAAGCAGUGAUAUUAUCUCUGCCAGUUGGUCAAUGACUGUUUUUGUCACAUUCUAUCUUGUAAAAAAAAUGUUUAUUUGCUUGUAACCCUGUGUCAAACAUAAUAAAUGUCUGAUUCAGUCAGUUGAUACAAACCAGGCUUUUCCCAAAGUUUUUUUUUAUACCAGAUUGACCUUAAUUUUCUUACGUUUUCAGCAUUUUCCUCCUAAUCUGGUAGUUAUUUUUGGUGUUGGAUGUUAUUGGAUGAAAUAGCAGAAUCCCAGUGACGGUCGCUAUUAUUCCUGUUAGGGUUCUCCUAAUGUUGGAUAUUUCUGUACAAUAUAAUCUCUAAUCAUUUCUGACUUGAACCCAGAUGUCUGUGAAUAGUUGUUAAAUGUGAAUGCAAACAGACUCCACCAGCUGGCUGAAGUACAUUUUUAGAGCACGG